UUGUAAUUUACCCUUAUUACAAUUACUCUUCUUUUUUUUUUUCUUUCCGAGAAAUGCUAUUACAAAAUUACUGAGUGAGACUUUGUGUGGGUGGAAAAUUGGGGAUGGAGAGCGAAAAGAAGAAAGGGUAUGCGUGGGCAGUUUCAGCAGGACUCAACGCCGCUCUCGCAGCCAUUUCUGCCAAAUUCUUUUCUUCCCAGCUAAAAUACGGGCUAGUUGUGUUUUUCAAUGUAGUAAUGUGGGGAUGCUAUGUGAAUAGCAUGAAAUCUCUCUCGUCGCUACAAGCUACAGUGACCAACUUUGCCACAAAUUUUCUCUCGUCUGGCUUGUCUGGAUUGUUUCUCUUUGAGGAGGCACUACCUGUCAAGUGGUUUGCAGGUGCUGCACUAAUCGUAAUUGGUGUUGUAGUUCUAAGCAAGUCUAGCAUCGAAAAGAAAACACAUUCGAGUUAGAUGCUCGUUUUUCGACACGCUUCUCAUGUCUUAUUCCCAAGUGUUGUCUUAACUCUUAACUGUGGUUAAGCAUCGGUUUCUUGUUCAGAUUGUGGAUGAGAUUGUGGAUGAAAGCAGAUGAAUAGACAUACAAGAAACAGAAAGAAACCGAACCAACUGAAAAUCGAUAUCAUGUUAAUCUCGUAAAAACCGAAUUUAUUGGUUCUCAUAAGGAUAUCCAUAUCAUGUUUAUCAAUUUUUCAACAUCAAUAUAUGUUUUAUAUUUGAAUUA